AAACACAAAGGCUGAACCACGCUGCCCGCGCUCUUCAGUUCAGAGGACCAAAAAUUCCCGAGCCAUGAUGUUGGCAGACACUACUACUACAUCGCGUUUUCCUGGAGAUUGACUGAUUUGCGCUGCUUAUUCGAUCACGUUUUCCGAAGUUAGCUACAUUUAUGGAUAUGCCGUCUGGAGAGAUGUGUUCGUCGUCGGUGGUGGUGGACCUUACCAGAAGUCCUUCGGUAGAAAGAAUGGCGCAACCAGCCACUCCGACGAGCGCAGUUGUGUACUGGCCUGUUGGUGAAGCGGAAAACCCGCGCAUGCCAUCUUAUGUCAUGGCACUGGACGCUGCGAACCUCUCGAUGAUAGAAGCAGGUGGUUCUCUCGUGGAAAAGGGUUCGUGUCGCGCCAAAAUCCGAGGGAAAGAGUACGAACCAUGCAUUUUGCUGCUGCUGUCAAGAGGUGAAUCGGUCAAAUCGUUAAAAUUGAAACUGGUAAAGGAGGAAAAGAAAUACCUCGACAUGGGUCGCAGAUACUGGAGAGAAGCGAAGACCGAGCAGAAAAACGAUGAAAAGAAGCAGAAGGAAGAAGAAAAGAAAAUGAAAGAAGAGGAGAGGAAGCAAAAAGAAGCAGAACGCGAAGAGCAAAAAAAACAAAAGGAAGAAGAAAGAAAAAAACGCGAGGAACAGAAGAAAGAAAAGGAAGAGGAGCGAAAGAAGCGAGAGGACGAGAAGAACGAGCAGCGCCGCAAGCGUGAAGAAGAGCGCAAGUUAAAACUGGAGCAGGAAGAAGCCGCCGCCAAGGCCAAAGAAAAAAAGAACCGAACGGAAGCCAAGCAGCGCAGUAUGAUGGAAAGUUUUGUGAUUCACAAAGAGAAAGCCAAACCAGUCCACCUGGAAGGAUCGGGCGGUAUUGCAGUGUUUCAGCCUUUCGAAGUGCAAAAGGGUGUCUUUUUUCCUCCAUAUUAUCCUCCUGGUAAACUGUUUUUGUCGGAAUCAGCUGCGGAAAAUCUGCUUCGAGCGCUACAGAGUGGCGGGACGUCUUGGGAAGGGUUGUAUCUGGCGCAGUUGAAGCGGCAUCAGCAUGUUCCACAACAGUUUCCCGCAACUUGCCCACGCAGACCUUUGGAGAAGAGUAAAGAAGUUAUCUUGGACGGAGAGGACGAAAUCGAGUGCUCAUUUGCAAAGUCAUCAGCCAAAUAUAAUGUGAAAUUGCUGCAGUUUUCGGAUAACGCCCGGCCGCCGUAUUAUGGAACUAUGCGCAAAACUAGCAGCAAAAUUCACGCUAGAAAUCCGUUUAACAAAGAUGCCGACAUCGAAUAUGAUGUGGACAGCGACGAAGAGUGGGAAGAAGAGCAGAUUGCCGCAAAAGACGCUGAAGAGCUGAGCGUGAAUGACAAUGAUGACGAAGAAGAAAUGAGCGAGGAGGAAGAGGAUGAUGACGACGGGUUUUUUGUGAAGGAUGAUGAAGAGUUUGAAAACUCAAACGAUGCGGAAGCUAACAGGCAGAAUAUGGCCGCUGGUACGAUUGGACGAUGGCUUUCCAAAAGACCAUUUAAGAAGCCCCCUAAUCGCUACAUUAUUGGACCAUUCUGGGCGCAUCAGGAAGCAAAAUGCCCUGAGGCUUUAAAAAAGCUAACUGUAAUUCCCCUUGCUCAAGAUUUUGAAGAAAUAAUCGAAAAGGCGGUUGCUCACGAGGACAUGGGCGAUUCUGUCAGCAAGAUACCGGCUAUAAUGAUGCCGUUCUUAAUUAAGUUAACACAUGGCAGUGGUGCUCGCAAGCCAGCGAUAGCCAAGGCGUUUCUGAAUUUAUGGGAAGUAAAAGAAAAUCGCCAGGAAUUGGCUGAAUACGGAGAUUUGGGCAGUAAUGUCGUGAGCAUCGUGCAGACUGUUGAACGGCCACGUGAACUGACCAAGGGUUUAAUUUGUACCGUCAUUGGGAGCAUAUCGACGUGGAGCCGUCCGCCCGCAACAGAAAAACAUCGUCGACACUGCCAUUAUGUAUCCGAAAAGGUGCGAGUGCUCUACAAAACGUUGGAAGGGCCAUGUCUACCGAACCUGGCAAGUUGUAAAACCGAGGCUGAAAAGAAGCGAAAAGUCGAGGAAAUCGCCCCAACAUCACCGGAAAUACCAUUUAAACAGGCCAAAGUGGAGACGCCCAAUAAAGAGGGCGCCAAACCUGCGCAGAUUGCAGCCCGACGAGUGGCGUUCUGGAACGUGGAUUCGAAGCCGGUUGAAAAAGAAACAAUGGAGGUAGUCGAGUAAGCUACGUACCUAUCUGGUGUUGUUUAAGAACAGUGUACUGUGCGGAUAAAGAGCGCGUUUGGCGGCACGCUUAUCCUCUCAUAAUUCAAUAUCACGGCUUUCUGACUUGUCGGCUUUCUGACUUGUUUAGCAUACUGCUUAUCAGAAUCGAGUCGCUUUUUGUGUGUGUGUUAUUUUGGGAUAGGAUUUGUUACUUGUUUAGUCGGCUUCCGACACUAAAAUGAAAUAUAGAUCCACUAGUGG